AUGCUACCCAAGAAGCGUGGAGCCCCAGCCGCGCCCAAGCGCUCGCGCCAGUCCAAACUCGCAAAAGAGAACGACAUCUCCGCCGAAGAAGAGAACGAGAUCAAGGAGGUCUUUCACCUGUUUUCGACUCAAAACGAGGAGUUCAAGAACGAGAAGGAGGGCGUCAUCCCUCGGGAAGAUGUGCGCAAGGCCCUCGUUGCGCUCGGGCUGGGACCAGCCGACUCGAAAGAACUUCACUCCAUCCUAUCCGCAAUAGACCCCACAACCACCGGUUUCGUUCCGUACGGACCCUUCCUUUCUGUCGCAGCGGCCAAGCUGAGAUCGCGCGAUGACGAUGCCAUGGCCGCCGAGGUGGACAGCGCCUUCCAGCUCUUUACGCGCGGCGCGGACCGGCCCAUCACCGUUAGUGAUUUACGGCGCAUUGCUCGCGAACUGAAGGAGGAUAUUGGCGAUGACCUUUUGCGGGAUAUGAUCCAGGAGGCGAAUGGCGGUGCGGGGAUUGGUGCUGGGGUCACGCUGGAGCAGUUUCAUGAAGUUAUGACUCGAGCUGGUGUCUUUUGA